AUGAGGCAUAAUGGAGAAUGGGUGUCUGAUGAAGAGAAUGAUGUGAAUGAUGUUAAUGAGAUGCAGAUGGACAAAAUAGACGAAGUUGCUCAAGAGACGCUCGUAGGUGUGGAAGAGGUGAUGAUUGAGGUACGUGAAGAUGGCAAAACGAACUUUAAGUUAUCAGAUGGUUUCAAAGAGAAAGUGUGGAAGCCUUGGAAACAAUCUCUCAUAGUUAAAUUGCUGGGAAAGAAACUUUCAAUAAGCUUUAUGAAAAGGAGGCUGGAAAAUAUGUGGGAAAGAGAUAGAAAGAUCCAUGUUACAGCCAUUGAAAAUGAAUUUUUCUUGGUCCGGUCUAAAAGGAAAUUUGAUAUGGAGUAUGCUCUCACAGCUGGUCCUUGGAUAAUCUUUGAUCACUAUCUUGCUGUGGGCGAUUGGCUUGGAAAAUUUAUCCGGUUGGAUAAUGAAACGACUAACCUAGCAACAGGUAAAUUCGCUCGUAUCUGUUUAGAGCUUGACUUGAGCCAACCUCUGAAGGCAGAACAUAUGAUAGAGGGUCGUUACAAGAAGGUGGAAUAUGAAGGUUUGCACCUUAUUUGCUAUACAUGUGGGAAGUACGGGCAUAAGUCUGAGACUUAUACCAGUAGAAUUUCAAGUUAUGUUGAUAAGGAUGUUAUGGGGGAAAAUCCCUGCAGAGAAAUUGUCAUGGUUAAUGAUCAAACUAUUAUUGAUCAAGAAGAGGGAAAAAAAGGGAGGAAUGUUCAAGGAAAGAGGUAUGAAGGGUUGCAGAAGCAAAGAGAUGACAUCUAUAAAUCAGAGCAAGCGAAUUUGGGUUUUGACACAAAAGAGGGUAAUCAUAGUACUGAGAAUCUUAGCCAGGAAAAUAAAGAGGGGAUAAGACAGCUUACUCUGGGGAGCCAAGUUGUGUCUUUGGAUGCAAAUAAGGAGAAGAGGAAAGUUUCUCACGAUAAGGUCAAACUUAUUAACAUGGAGAAUGCUUUCAAACUAAUGUCGGACAAUUUGAUAAAAAAUGAGGUCUAUGAAGAUAUGAAGUCAAAUGAUGAAACAACAAUUUUGAAGAAAAUUCACUCUGUUGCUAAAUCAAAUUUAGAUAGGCAACCAUCUUAG